UUAACACACUCUUCCUCCAGUUCCACACGAUGAGCACUACAGCAGAAGAAAUGACGGCAUUCAAGUUUGCUGUUCUGGCUCUGGUUUGUGUCGCUACCAAUGCACAAACUCCAGCUGUCAUGGGAACUGGAAUGACAAACCCCCAAGGCACGGGCAACACAGGCGGCACAAAUGGUGCAGGGAGUACGGGUGUAGGAAUGGGUGGAAUAGGUGGUAUGACUAAUCCAAUGGGUGGUAUGACUAAUCCAAUGGGUAGUAUGACUAAUCCAAUGGGGGGUAUGACUAAUCCAAUGGGUGGUAUGACUAAUCCAAUGGUUGGCAUGAAUAGUCAAAUGGGUGGCAUGAAUUAUCCGAUGGCCGGUAUGGGUAUGAAUAGCGGGUAUGGCAUGGGAAGUCCUUACGGCGGUAUGGGUAGUCAAUUCGGGGGUAUGGGAAUGGGGCCAAUGGGAGCAGCAAUGGCAAAUAUGGGUGGAAUGAUGGGAGGUAUGAAUGGUCAAGGUUCUGGACAGUCUCAAAGCUCUUCUAGUAGCAACAUGAUGCUUCCUCUGAUGAUGGGCGGUGACAAGGGAAGAAACAUGUAUUUGAUGUCUCAAAUGAUGGGAAGACAGGGCGGCAGCAUGCUUCCUUACUUCGCCAUGAAUGGUGGACUAGGAGACAACAUGAUGAACAUGCUUCUCUUCAGCGGUAUGGGUGGAAUGGGAGGCGGCCGUGGUGGUCAAGGAUUUAACCCAAUGAUGGCCAUGGCUCUGAGCGGCGGUGAAAUGAACAACAUGCUCCCAUGGAUGUUCCUUAAUCAGGGAAGAGGCCAGGGACAACAAGGCGGUAUGCAGGGCGGUAUGCAAGGCGGUAUGCAAGGCGGUCAAUCAACAGGAAUGAACAGUGCUCUUCCUUUCUGGCUCCUUGGCGGACAAUUCUAAAUUAACAAUUAUCCAGUGGACCUCCCUCGACUUUACUGAUCUCAUGUGAGCAAAGAACGACUGCAUUGUAUAUUUGUUUGAUAGAAUCUCAGAUUCAUACUCCCAGCACUACAAGAUGCCAAGCUUGGUUUGCCUUCAAACCCUUAUCAGUUAUUAUUUAGAGUAGACGCUUUUUGCACAUUUUUAAUGAAGCAAACGCAUACAUGUUAAAAUGUAUUUCCCUAUGCACCUGACAGCUACAGCACCUACAGACAGACGGAAGUAUUAGAUUCUCGGAUCGCACCAUGUGUCAUAUGUUCUGCAAUAAAAAGUUGUCAAACUGCA